AUGCUUUGUGCCAGGAUCAGUAACAGGGAAAGCGGCAUUGAGCAACGCAAUGGCUGCCCUGCUCGGCUCAAACGUUUACCGGAGUUACAUGAGUUGUGUUACACUCAUGCUCUGGGCAACAGUUCUAGUCCAAUUAGGUCGUUUGGUAGAAUUGGUCGCAAGGUGAAUUCUUCCAAGAACAAACGAAAAGGAAAGGAACAAAAACGAUCUAAGAAGACCCCAAAGGAACCGUUGUCACCUGCCAGUUCAUCACAAACACUCAGCAGUGACGACGAGAUUGUGCCAAUGGAGUUGUUAGUGGAGUAUGCGCAGUAUCACGACAGGGUUUCUGCACAACACCAGAAACAUUUGGAAGUUCAGAAUCAACUGCAGCAGAUGCACGCACAAUACGCUCAAUACCAAGCCUUCCUAACAGCCUUCCACUUGCCACAGCUCAUUGAUAUGGAUGCUCGAGAUGAACUACAACAAUUGAUCCAGACCUCUCCCACUAUUGUCGGAAAUUCUCCUACCCAUCUAGUUUCACCCACGAAUUGUUUCUACACCGGAAAUGGAACCCUUUGCCUCCACGAAGCCCCAAGAGAACUGCCUUAUGCCUUCCUGUCCCACGGAGCAACCGCGCCAUGCUCCCCUCAUCACAACUCUCCAGCUAUGAGUGCCCAGACGACUCCUAACAACAACGAAACCCGCUGCGUCAUGCCAACAUACGAAGUUAUACCGGAAACAUACUGUAACGCUGUAAUCGAGACUCAGGAUGGUGUCGAAGUGGUUGCUAAGCCGGUUGUAUCCCUCUGCUCCAUGGCUAGUGUCAGCACAGUUGACUUGAUGCCUGAAGAAGCAUACCGAAGCUUUACUAGGUGUUUGUCAUUGGAAGACGCGGAAAACAACUACAACACGUUACGCAAGCGUACUCUUUCUGUUGACGAGCCUAUCGAUCCUGUCGUAAUCCCGCAAAUUGAUGUUAAGAGGCACAGACUUGUUGAACCAGUCGGCCUCGAAGUCCUACCUGAAAAUUUCUGUAUCAAUCCAGUCCAGCAAUCCUGUUACAACAAUGGCGCAAUAAUCCCUUCCACAACGAAUGAAUAUCCCGUGACGUAUCAUUUUGUACCACCUUACAUGGCAGUACAUGAAGGUACCUACCAGUAUCCCUAUUAUCCUACUUUUCCCCAAGAGCCCAUAAUCAAUGGUCAAAUUAACCAUGACUAUUAUCGACGUGAUUUUUAUUCCAAGGUGUAUGAGCAAGGUUAUGAACAUUUGUUUGCUGACCCAGGUUGCAUGUGGAAUCCAGACAACCUCGGUUGCAUACCUGUGUUCCCUGCUCCCGCUGGUUUUAUCUCCUGUGCCACUGACGGCGGUGAAAACCAUGCUCAGCAGCCGACGCAUAUGGGAAGCAUUGCGACUCCAGAUAUGUUAAGUGCCUCUUCUCCUGACUUCCAAGAUCAAUCUAGUGACAGUGUCGAAUUGAGUUAUUCAGAGGAUAGCGACGAAGAUGAACACUAUGUCCAUCCAUAUACGCGCAACGGGCAAUAUCACCGUAAGUACAAGGAGUUUAGGGAGCUGAGAAGGAAAAGCAGUGAUCGAGGCAAGGUAAGGGCAACACGAUCUGACAGCGAAAGGAGUUUGAGUGACUCUUUUCGUUCAAGCCUGAGCCGGGAGGAGCGUGUUAUGGAGUUGAGUAGGGAGCACCGUGAGAUGGCUGAGUCAUUGAAGGCUCUUGAGGUUGGGGGGCUAAUGGUAAUCAACAAGCGCAGGAGUCACAAGGAAGCUCAUAUGGAAAUUCGCAAAGCCACCAAAUGCUACGAUUAUCUAUUGGAUAUCCCUCUAACUGCAGAGCCUGAUCCUGAAUUGGGUGAACAGCAGUACAAGUGUCUGGUUCCUGGAGUAUACUGGGACAAACGAUCCUGGAUUGCAUCUUGGUAUGACCAAGGUAACCGUUGCUACAGCAGUUUUUCGGCUAAAAUGCACGGUUUUUACAAGGCGAAAUAUUUUGCCAUCCAUGUGCGGAUGUUCAAGACCAACAACCUCAAAACACUUGACGAGGCUGCUGUUGAACUGGACCGUCUGCAUUUAAUGAAGUGUUAUGGAAACAUUGAAUGUUAG